AAUGUCGUAGCGAUAAAUAGAGUAGACUUUGAAAGGUCAAGAAGUCUGGUCUUCGGUGUUGGUGGACUAUGGGGGAAGAUACAGAGGAAAAUUCCCAUGAUAUUAGUAGUUACCGGAUGAUAUUUCAACGGACGUGGGUACCCCGUUUAUCUACUCUUUUUCUUUUUUAAUAUUUUUCAUAGCUUUUCCGAUCUAUCAAGUCUCUUCCUUGUCCCAUUUUCCAAGUCAAGUAGCGUGUUAAGCACUGAAAAUGUUGAACCAUAUUGUGAGAAAAUAAUAAAAACAAGUGUUUGGAAGACCCUUAUUUUGCAAAAAGAAAAGUAUAGUCUCAUCCGGGCGCUUAGCUGAAAAGUUUUUAAACAUAUGGCUGCAGAUCCUUUGUUUGUUGUGUUCCUUCUCACUUGUCUUAUGCUGUUUAGCUUGGCUCAACAACAGGGACAUAAUGAAAGUUGUGUAGAUCCAUUUAUGUGUGGAAAACUAGGCGAGAUCAGCUACCCUUUUAAGAAUUUAUGGGGGCGGCCGCCUGAUGAAUGCGGGUUGUAUACAGUUGAUUGUAGCGACUGGAAAAAUCCCAAGUUCCAAUUGAAAGGAGGAGGACACUGGUAUGGAGUCCAACAAAUCUCUCAGGCAGGUUCUAUAACCAUCAAUGACCCAACGUUGCAGAAAAAGUUGAAAUCCCGUAGAUGUGAAUCUUUGGAAAGUUUUGGUCUUCCAAGGCCCGACUGGUUCUCUAAUGUGUCUUCACCAAAUAUAGUGAGCCUCUUCAAAUGCAAACGCAGUAGUCUUCACAAUAUUACUUCCCCUACAUCAGAUUUUCAAUAUUCCACAACCUGCGGAGAUUACUAUCUCUACUAUUCUAUUAGUAGUGAUCCUCGUCGAUUAUUAGAUAGUAGUAGCUUUCCAAAUUUCCCACAAGACAACUGUUCCUUCAUCCAGCUUCCAGCUGCAAAGAACCCUGCAAAUCCCAAUGAUUUCUUUUCAUUCUUUACUGCUGAGUUCCCUCUUGAAGUGACUGUACUCUACGGUUGUAUUCCUUGUUACAAGGAAAAACGCCGAUGCCUCCAUGAUAAAAAGCAAUCCCAUCAUUGUGCACCUAAAGCAGGAAACAGGGGAUCAUGGAAGCUGAAGUUAGGAAUCGGACUCGCCGCUUUGUCUGUUGGAUUACUAGUUUUGGUGGUUUGCUUGAUGAGAAGGUGCUCAUCCAAUAGAUACAUUUUCUUCAGGAGGAAACCAAAUUUAGCACAGCAGAACGUUGAGGCCUUCUUGAAAAUCCAUGGACCUCUUCCCACAAGAAGAUAUAGUUAUUUAGAUGUCAAGAAAAUGACCAACUCCUUCACCAACAAAAUAGGCCAAGGGGGCUAUGGUUCUGUAUACAAAGGAAAGUUGCAAAAUGGUUGUCCUGUGGCAGUUAAGGUCUUGAAACAAUCAAAAGGCAAUGGAGAAGAGUUCAUCAAUGAGGUUGCAACCAUUGUUAGGACCUCCCAUGUAAAUAUUGUAGCUUUGUUGGGCUUCUGCGUUGAGGGUUCAAAACGAGCUCUGAUUUAUGAGUUCAUGUGUAAUGGAUCUCUGGAGAGGUUCAUUUUUAAAGAAAAUCACUAUCAAAAGGAAAAUCAUCAAUUGGAGUGGGGAACAUUGUACAUGAUUUCACUUGGAAUUGCUCGAGGACUAGAGUACUUACAUCGUGGUUGCAACACACGAAUCCUACACUUUGAUAUCAAGCCUCAUAACAUUCUUCUUGACAAGGACUUCUCACCUAAAAUCUCAGAUUUUGGCCUUGCUAAAGUAUGCACUAGAGAAGAAAGUAUCAUAUCAAUGUUAGAAGCCAGAGGGACUAUUGGAUACAUUGCUCCAGAAGUAUUUUGUAGAAGCUUUGGAGGGGUUUCAUAUAAGUCUGAUGUCUACAGCUUCGGAAUGAUGGUUUUAGAAAUGAUUGGAGGGAGAAAGAAUGUAGACAUUGGAGCUGAUCAUACAAGUGAGAUAUAUUUUCCACAUUGGAUUUACAAACGCCUUGAGCUAGAUGAUGAACUUGGAUUGAAAGGAAUUAGGAACCAAGAAGACAAUGCAAAAGUGAGGAAGAUGGUAACAAUGGGGUUAUGGUGUAUACAGACGGACCCUUCAAACAGGCCAACAAUGAGUAAAGUGAUAGAAAUGUUGGAAGGAAGUGUUGAUUCUUUACAAGUACCACCCAAGCCAUUCUUGUCUUCUCCUUCAAGAUUGCCAACAGAUUCUUCUACUUCAUUAAUACAAGCAUGGAGCCAUGGAUCUGAUGUUGCAAAUACAUAACUUACUUUCUAAUGAGA